UACGCGGAUGCCGGCAAGAAUGUCUUCAACAUGGUGGUGGAAGUACCUCGAUGGACAAACGCGAAGAUGGAGAUUGCAACAAAGGAUCCCUUAAACCCAAUUAAGCAAGACGUUAAGAAAGGAAAACUGCGCUACGUAGCGAACGUGUUUCCCCAUAAAGGUUAUAUCUGGAAUUACGGUGCUAUCCCACAGACUUGGGAAGAUCCAGCUCACAAAGAUGAAAACACUGGCUGCUGUGGAGAUAACGAUCCGAUUGACGUGUGUGAAAUUGGAAGCAAGGUCUGCUCUCGAGGAGAAAUCAUCAAGGUGAAGGUGCUGGGCACGCUGGCUCUGAUUGAUGAGGGGGAGACAGACUGGAAGAUAAUUGCUAUCAAUGUUGAAGACCCUGAAGCAGGCAACUUUAAUGAUAUCAACGAUGUCCGAAGGCUGAAACCUGGAUACCUGGAAGCUACAGUGGACUGGUUCAGAAGAUACAAAGUACCUGAUGGAAAGCCAGAAAACCAGUUUGCUUUUAAUGGUGAAUUUAAAGACAAGGAUUUUGCGGUGAAUGUCAUCAAAAACACUCAUGAACACUGGAAAGCUUUAAUAGCAAAGAAGACUGACGGUGGGGAGAUCAACUGCACAAACCUGACGGUGUCCGACAGCCCUUUCUGCUGUAGCCAAGAGUGUGCAAAAGCUACUGUGGAUGCAGCACCGCCGAGUAAAGCUGCCAACCCCAUCCCGCCCGAAGUUGACAAGUGGUUCUACUACCAGAAGAACUAAGGCCUGAAGAUGGGUGGGGAGGCGGCCGUGUCCUUCCCACCAAGGAGCCGCCACACGCAGGAAAAACGGCAAGAGGACCUGGCCUCCAACUUUCCCCAUUAGAAUUACCUGUCUAGCAGUGAUGUGUCCGCUCCGUCGGGGUCCUGUGGAGGCUAAAAGACGUAAUUUAUAAAACCCCCCGCGCCCCGCUUGUGCGUGGCCGUAGGCUGUGCUCUGUAAAUGGCCGCAGGAGAUGGUACGUGUAUGGAUGCUAGAAAUAAAUAAAUAAAUCGGAAAAACCUACCGAAACCCA